UCUCCCUCCCUCUCCCUCUCCCUGUCUCUCCUCUCUCUCCUCUCCUCCCUUUCUCCGCCCCCUUCCCCAGCCUCUCUCUCUCUCUCCUGGCACGCGUUUUCCCGGACCCCGCGCAAGCGCGUGCCUCAGCCCUAUUACGAAAGGGCGGGGUAGACAACCUGCCACUGGGAAAUACCCCCAAGUAAGCCAAGGCCGACAAGGACUGGGACUGCAGGGUGGCAAAACGAGUGGGGGGCGGACGAGAUGGAGUCUAACGUUUUCAAGGGAAGGGGAGAGCUGCGAAGAAGGACGCCUAGAGAUGGAAUGAAGAGCAAAUAAAACAGUGUUUUCUGGCUCAGAGCUGGACACCUUCACAAGUGUCAGUUCGGCAUUUUCAUCUUGCUCCUUUUUGCAUAUGGAAAGCCCGGGGCUCGGAGAGAAAAACAACUCUUAUUCAAGAUCAUAUAAUCAUCCUUUUUUUCCAUUGGCAGGGAUUAGAUAGAAACCCCGCAGACCCUGAUCUCCACCCUCCUUCUAGGUCUUUCUCCCCACCCCUUCCUUCCUGCCCCACUAGUUAUUUAACUUUACCCCGUGGCUGCACCUCAGAAACCCUUGUAGCCAGAGAUGGGGACCGAGCCCACAGAGCAGAUCUCCUGGGAACCCUACUCCGGAUACGAUGAGGCUUACUCGGUUGGGCCGUUGCCGGAACUCUGUUACAAGGCGGAUGUCCAGGCUUUUAGUCGGGCCUUCCAACCCAGUGUCUCCCUGAUGGUGGCUGUGCUGGGUCUGGCGGGCAAUGGCCUAGUCUUGGCCACCCAUCUGGCAGCGGGAAGAACUACCCGAUCUCCCACCUCCGUUCACCUGCUCCAGUUGGCCCUGGCUGACCUCCUAUUGGCCCUGACCUUGCCCUUUGCAGCAGCAGGGGCUCUUCAGGGCUGGAAUCUAGGAAGUACCACCUGCCGAGCCAUCUCAGGUCUCUACUCCGCCUCCUUCCACGCCGGCUUCCUCUUCCUAGCAUGUAUCAGCGCGGACCGCUAUGUGGCCAUCGCUCGAGCUCUUCCAGCCGGGCGGCGGCCCUCCACACCUGGCCGUGCGCACUUGGUCUCAAUCUUCGUGUGGCUGCUGUCGCUGCUCCUGGCCCUACCUGCGCUCCUUUUCAGCCGGGACGGACAGCGGGAAGGCCAACGACGCUGUCGGCUCAUCUUCCCCGAAGGCCUCACGCAGACAGUGAAGGGGGCAAGUGCGGUGGCGCAGGUGGUCCUAGGCUUCGCGCUGCCUCUGGGCGUCAUGGCAGCCUGUUAUACGCUCCUGGGCCGCACGCUUCUGGCCGCCAGGGGGCCAGAGCGGCGGCGUGCACUGCGCGUUGUGGUGGCCUUGGUGGCGGCCUUUGUGGUGCUGCAACUGCCCUACAGCCUCGCCCUGCUGAUGGAUACAGCCGAUCUACUGGCAGCGCGCGAGCGGAGCUGCUCUGCCAGCAAGCGCAAGGAUCUAGCUCUGCUGGUCACCGGCGGCUUGGCGCUGGUCCGCUGCAGCCUCAAUCCAGUGCUUUAUGCUUUUUUGGGCCUGCGCUUCCGCCAGGACCUGCGAAGGCUGCUACAGGGUGGGGGAUGCAGCCCAAAGCCCAACCCUCGAGGCCGCUGCCCCCGCCGACUCCGCCUUUCUUCCUGCUCCGCUCCCACUGAGACCCACAGUCUCUCUUGGGACAACUAGGGCUAUGGUUCCAGAGAAGGGGGAGGGCUAAGGAAACGAUCCCAGGGAGGGUAGCGAGAAAGGGGAGUAAGUGGGGGAACGCUGAGAAAGACUAGAGGACUUAGAGGGAUUGCCGCUGCGCUUAAUUAAAUUGGUACAAUACAAAUGAGACGCAACCCAA